AUGUCACUUUCUGGAUUACCACCUUUACCGAACGCACUAAGUGCUAUCGAAAUACUUCAGCAACAACUUUUAGCUAAGCAGCAAUCCCAAGAACAUAUGCAAAUUUUUCAACAGAACAAUCUAACAUCAUUUGAUUCUCAACGUAGUUUAACGUCUUCCUCGUCAUCGUCAAUGAGUCGAAAAACGACGACUUUAGACACCAAACUUGCCAUUCUAAAAUCUGAAAUGUACAGCCUACGACAGUUAGACUUAUCAUUACUUUCACAAUUGUGGGCACUAAAUGAAUCUAUUCAGGAAUUUCGAGCUGUGAUGCAGGAGCAAGAAAUGUUAUCUCCACAUUCACCUUCGAAUUCUGACAGUAAUAUUAAUUCUGACGAGGAAACUAGUGAAGACAGGAAUAAUAAUCUUUUAGAUAAAACAUCUCCGACUUCUAAUGAUAGGGACUUUAUCGAGGACAUGCAUAAAAAGCUUGAGAAGCAAAUUAAAAGAAUGAAUGUGGCGCCACCACCAGUUCCUGAUUCCCCUAGACCGGUCUGA